AUGAACCCCUUGCUGCUGGACAUCUGGUUUCUUCUUCUUCCUUCAACGUUGCUCUUCUUCACACCUGAAGCUGCUAAUUCAUGGUGGUAUAUGGGAGCUGUUGUUACUUCCUCAUCAUCUUCACGAGUAAUGUGCAAUAAUAUACCUGGUUUGGUAACUCGCCAGCGGCAGCUUUGCCAACGUUAUCCAGAAAUCAUGCAGGUUAUAGGACUGGGGGUAAUUGAGUGGGCUACAGAAUGUCAACAUCAAUUUCGGUAUCAUCGCUGGAACUGCACUAUCAUGGAGAAGGAUCAAAGCUUAUUUGGAAAGCUGAUAUUACGAAGCAGUAGAGAGUCAGCCUUUGUCCAUGCAAUAUCUUCUGCUGGAAUAGUAUUUGCUAUAACUAGAGCAUGCAGCCAGGGAGAGCUGAAGUCCUGCUCCUGUGAUCCUAUGAUGAAAGGGUCUUCCAAAGACAGCAAAGGCAGUUUUGACUGGGUUGGCUGCAGCAAUAACAUCGAUUAUGGCAUUAGAUUUGCCAGAACAUUUGUGGAUGCCAAAGAAAGAAAGGGUAAAGAUGCCAGAGCACUGAUGAAUCUUCACAAUAACAGAGCUGGAAGAAAGGCUGUAAAGAGGUUCAUGACGCAAGAGUGCAAAUGCCAUGGGGUGAGUGGAUCUUGUACAGUCAGGACAUGUUGGAUGGCUAUGGGAGAUUUCAGAAAAUCAGGUGACUACCUUCGCAAAAAAUAUAAUGGAGCCAUACAAGUAGUGAUGAAUCAAGAUGGGACUGGAUUUACAGUAGCAAACAAACAAUUUAAGAAACCUACAAACAAUGAUUUGGUGUACUUCGAGAACUCCCCUGAUUAUUGUGUCAGAGACAGAGAUGUUGGUUCUCUUGGAACAGCCGGAAGAAUCUGCAAUCAGACCUCGCGUGGCAUGGACAGCUGUGAAGUCAUGUGCUGUGGGAGGGGCUACAACACUGCUCGUGUCAUCAAGAUGUUGAAAUGUGAGUGCAAGUUCCACUGGUGCUGCUCAGUACGAUGCAAAGACUGCAUAGAAACUGUGGAUAUUCACACAUGCAAAGCACCCAAAGUUGUUAUUCUGGAAAGAAAAUAACAUGAAUUAACUGCAGAUUUUGUGCUUUCGCCUCCAGCUAAAUGAACUCAGCAGCAGUGAAACAAAAAAAAACAGCUUUGGUGGCGCAAAGAACCAAGAAAGUCCUCAAUUUACUGUAUUAAAAUGUGCAAUUAAAUUAUAAUAAAUUAAGAUGUCAUAGAUGUGAGUACUAAUUUAGCAGAAUUGUUUUAUUUGCUGCUGUUAAAUUAUUUCAGAAGGUGUUGAAAAUAUGUUUGAAAGUUAUUGCAUUUACAGUACAUCCUGUAGCUGUUGGAAUGGACAAUGUGGCCUUUGUACUUAGUGUGUAAAUCUUUUUGUUUUGCAUUUUAAUGAAAAUAAAAUCUCUGCUUAGUGUG